UACGCCAUCUCAACCAUGAGCUUGAGAAGACCUCCACUUGUCAUAGCCUCGGUCAUUCCUCUCUCUCGUGAUCCUCUCAUGCAGUCAGGAAUUCCGAAGUGCCCAAAUGGGACGUCAUCGGGAGGUGUGGGUAAACAGCGAUCUGCCCCCGAAACGCCAGGGGCUCUGCUCAACUCCCUCUUUCGCCACACCAACAACGCGGCAAGAUCGGGAUCUCUUGCUCAGGAGGAAAUUCUUGCCAAUGCCUCCUUACCUGUUGCCAAGCCUUUGAGCCAUAUUAAACCAGUUGAUUCUGUGGUGGGUGAUUUGGUUUGUUUCCUGCUGCGAGUUAGUUAUGUCACGGUCUUUCAAUCCACCUCUCCUUAA